GCCAAACACUGCAGACAGCAGGAGCAAGUGUAGAGAGGAAGUGCGUGCAACAAGUAUUCAUAUUAUCCCAACUUUGAGCCACAUUCACUGUUAACGGGAAACAUGACGUCCAUAAACAAAGCGUCGCUACAGACGCGAAAUCUUCCCUGGGUUGAAAAAUACAGGCCACAGACACUGGAUGAUCUAAUCUCACACAAAGAUAUUCUUAGCACCAUCCAGCGGUUCAUCAGCGAGGACAAACUUCCUCAUCUUUUGUUCUAUGGUCCCCCUGGAACAGGAAAGACCUCCACCAUCCUCGCAUGUGCCAAGCAGCUUUACAAAGACAAGGAGUUCAACUCUAUGGUGUUAGAGCUAAAUGCAUCAGAUGACCGAGGUAUUGAUGUCGUACGAGGCCCCGUUCUGAGUUUUGCCAGCACCCGGACAAUCUUCAAGAAGGGCUUCAAGUUGGUGAUACUGGACGAGGCUGAUGCCAUGACCCAGGAUGCCCAGAAUGCCUUACGUCGAGUGAUUGAGAAGUUCACAGAAAACACUCGCUUCUGUCUCAUCUGUAACUACCUGUCCAAGAUCAUUCCUGCACUGCAGUCUCGCUGCACCAGGUUUCGCUUUGGCCCGUUGAACCCGGACCAGAUGAUCCCGCGGCUGGAGCACGUAAUCCAGCAGGAGAGUAUUGAUGUAUCUCCAGAUGGAAUGAAGGCCAUUGUGACUUUAUCAUCAGGCGAUAUGAGAAGAUCUCUCAACAUACUGCAGAGCACCAGUAUGGCGUAUGGGAAAGUCACAGAGGACACAGUCUACACCUGCACAGGUCACCCGCUCCGCUCAGAUAUCGCCAACAUCCUUGACUGGUCUCUGAACAAAGACUUCACUUCAGCGUAUAAGCAAAUCCUUCAGCUGAAGACUUUGAAAGGUUUGGCCCUGCAUGACAUCCUCACCGAGGUUCAUUUACUCAUACAUCGAGUGGACUUUCCUCCAGCUAUUCGGAUUGGUCUGCUCAUCAAGUUGGCUGACAUAGAACACCGACUGGCCUCUGGAACCGAUGAGAAGAUCCAGCUGAGCGCCAUGGUCGCAGCUUUCCAGGCUGUGAGAGACAUGGUGGUCAGUGAGGCCUCCUAGACGACACAGUUGAGACACGUGAAGAGAAAGAGUUCAAAGACUCAUGAACAGCCAGUUACGCUUUUAAGAUCUAGAACUAAGGCAACAUUCUUUCUCUUCUAUCCUGCUCUCAAAUGUAACUGAAGGCUUUUUAACAGUCUGGCCAUAGUCUUGCUUCUGUUAAUGUCCUUGUAUAGUGUUCACUUGUUUUUUCUCCCUGUGGAUUACAAUGAUGCUGUGAAGAGCUGAGGACGGGUAGAUUUCAGGUCAUUUCACCAAUAAUAAUAAUAACAAUAAAUAGGUGAAAUUGCCCAUUUGUUUUUUGAAGAAAACAGAUGUUCUGAGGAUGUCCCCACUGCCUCACACUGCCCCACACUCAGUGCAGCAGACGGUUAUCCGAGUCAAAUGGAAACCAGCUCCUGUGGGAAUAUGGAAAAUCGCAUCAUCGGUGUAGAAUAAGUUACUCAUGUAUCUUUGGUGGGAAAAAAAAUCUCACACAUGUAAAUGUUUGCAUCAAUUUUAAUAAAACUAUUUCCUAUAA